AUGGGUUCACAGGGUCAAAGAGAGGCCUGGACCUUGCUCCCAGUUUUUCUACUGGGAAUGAUCUGCUCGUCACACAGUUCCCUUGUGAAAGUCAAUAAGGGUUUAAAAGUGAAGCGAGGUCAAUCAGCCUACCUCCAGGAUGGCGACCUGCAGUUCCAUAUCUCCCGUCAAAAGGAUGCGUGCAAGGUGGAGGUGGUACUUAAAGAGCCCAUAACUCAACAAGUGGGAAAACUUAUGCCUCAGGUAUUUGAUUGCAACUAUCUAGCUGAAGAGGUAAAGUACAUCCAUAAUGGCUGCCCAUUGUUGGAGGAGGACACCAUCAAGCUUCGACUUUACAGGUUCACUGAGACAGAGACAUAUAUGGAGGAGUUUUCACUCCAUGUGGACAUUAUGGAACCAGACUGUGGCAUCAUAAAGCUGGGGCCCAAAUCCCUUGAAGUUCCUGAAUUCUACGGCGUCUCCAAUGCUGUGGAUGGCAAUGUGGUGUCCUUCCACUAUAAGCAGAGGUCUAGCCUGCAGUGUAGCAUCUAUUUGAGUAGCCAUGACACCCACCUGCCAGCCCACGGCCAGCUAGUCACCGGAGAACCAGAGAAAGCUACAACAAGAGGGGAUGAGCCAGAGAGCUUCAUCCACCUGCGCCAUCAGCUAGAUAAUCAAGCCAGAGCAAGGUGUAAAUCUGAUGACUGCCUGAAGGGUCUGAAGCGAGUGAAAAUCAAUCAAAUUCCCUGUGAUGACUUCCUGGUGAUGGGGCUGAGGUACCAGCACAUAGACCCUCCAUCUCCAGACGUAGACUACAUCGCAAUCAGACUGGAUCUCAGGGACAUGAGGAGUGGCACUAUUUAUCAGUCUGAACAAGCCUGGAUUCCUGUGCAGAUAGUCAGUGCAAUGCCCAACCAGCCUCCCAAACCAUCCUUCAUGUCCAUGUUUAUCCUGGAAGUGGACCAGUUCAUCCUCACUCCGCUCUCCACUGCUACACUAGACGCUGAAGACGAGGAAACUCCCAAGCACCUUUUGGUUUUCAACAUCACCAAACCGCCUGUGGACGGCUUCAUCACCCACCUAUCUGAUCACACUCGCCCAAUCUCCUCCUUCACAUGGGUCGAUCUCAAUGACAUGCUCAUUGGUUAUCAACCUCCCAACUCCUCUCAUACUCAACGUAGGAAUUACGAGGUUGAAUUUGAGGUUCAUGAUUUCUUCUUCAAGAAGAGCCCAUCAAUGACAGUUCACAUUUCUGUUAGGAAUGCAGACACAAAUGCACCCAGAGUGUCUUGGAACAUGGGUCUCAGUUUGUUAGAGGGUCAGUCUCGGCCAAUAACGUGGGAGCAGCUCCAAAUUGUGGACAAUGACAACCUGAAUGCUGUUCGUCUGGUCUCUGUGGAUGGCCUGCAGCAUGGACGGCUCACUGUGAGAGGGGCAAAGGGUUUCAUGUUUACUGUCAGGGACAUCAAAGCAGGCGUGGUUCGCUAUCACCAUGACGACAGCGACUCCACCAAAGACUUCAUCAUCUUCCGCAUCACGGAUGGCCACCAUCAGACCAGACACAAGUUCCCCAUCAAGAUCCUGCCGAAGGAUGACAGCCCUCCGUUCCUCAUCACCAACAUUCUUCUGGAGGUGUCUGAGGGCCAGAUGGCUUUACUGGGAGCUUCCAUCCAGGCUUCAGACAUGGACUCUAGCAAUGACUACAUCCUCUUUAACAUCACCCGGCCCCCACAGGCAGGAACGGUCAUGAAAAUACCAACUACAGGGCUCACUGAUUAUCCUGUUAGCCACUUUCUGCAGAGAGACCUGUCUCAGUCCAUGGUAUAUUAUAGACACCUAGGAAACGAGAUGUAUGAUGACUCCUUUGAGGUGGUGCUUUCAGAUUUCCAUGACCCCCCCAAUCUGUCGGAGCCUCAAGUGGUGAUGGUGCACAUAGAGCCUGUUCCAGACAAACCACCUAAAGAGGUUCCUGGUUCCAGUCGGUGUCUUGUGAUCAAAGAAACAGAUGUGGUCCAUUUAACACGGCAACAGCUUCACUUUGUAGACCAGGUGUCCCCAGACAGUGAGCUUACAUAUACUGUUACCACUCCACCUUUCUUCACUGGUCCUCACAGCAGUCCAGAUGCUGGGAGGUUGUUUUUAGUUGACAGCAUACCCAAAUUUGCCAAAGAUUUCAACACACCAGUGCUGAGACUCUUCACACAGCAUGCAGUGAAUUUCAUGAAAGUAGCCUAUAUGCCUCCAAUCAUGGACAUUGGGCCUUACCCCCAGAAUAUUCAGUUUGUUCUUUCUGUAACCAACCACCUGGGCAAAACGGUCACUGGGAUCUGUUUCAACAUCACUGUUUUGCCAGUGGACAACCAGCCACCACAGGUUAUAACCAGUCCUCUGACUGUAGAUGAAGGAGGGGAGUGCUGGCUCAGUCUUGAACACUUGACGCUGUCAGACGUGGACUCAAUGGAAGACGCCCUGCAGGUGGUGCUGCGGAGGGAACCACAACAUGGUGCUUUGCAGCGAGGCAGCCUCCUUCUUAAACCAGGCCACACCUUCACAAUGCAAGACCUGAAAAGCCUUAAAGUUAGGUACAAUCACGACAGCUCAGAAACUGUAGAGGACAACAUUGAGUUCACUGCAACAGAUGGCAUCAAUUCAGUUAGUUUUAUUCUGCAAGUAAAGGUGAUGCCCAUCAAUGACGAGGUCCCAGUGUUGGUUGGUGGUUUAAAACCAGUUCUCAGCUGUGCAGAAGGACAAGAACAAGUCAUCACAGCUGAGUAUAUCUACGCUACGGAUGCAGACAGUGACAACAGCAGUCUGACAUUCCUGAUUGCUCGGCAGCCCUAUCAUGGUGUGGUUCUCCGAAGCUCCAUUAUAGUUGAUCGCUUUAUCCAGGCAGAUAUCACUGCAGGGAUCAUUACCUACAAACACACAGGAUUGGAGAUUGGACUCACUCCUCGCCAUGACACCAUCACUUUUGUUAUCUCUGAUGGAGAAACAGAAAACUCUCCUCUAUGCUGUGGUAGAGAAGACCCCUCCAGGACUCAGUCACGACAUCUGCCUGUGUAUGACCUCCAGAUCACAGUGUUUCCAGUCGACAGCCAACCACCUUCUUUAGAAACAGGAGACAUCUAUAUGGUAGAUGAAGGUGGGUCUGCCACAAUAACUGCUUCUCAUUUGAAGGCCUCUGACGUGGACACUGCUCUGGACAAACUGAUGGUCAGUCUAAUUUCUCCGCCCAAGUUUGGCUACAUUGAAAAUGUCCUGCCCAGUCCUGGCUUCGAGAAAAGCAACACAGGCAUCAGCAUAGCUUCCUUUUCAUACAAAGACAUCAUUGACGGUCAUGUGAACUACGUACAGUCCAGACACGAGAGGAUGGAGCCCACAGCUGACCAGUUAAUGCUCUGUGUAUCAGACGGAAAACACAGCUCGGCGCAUGUCGCGUUCUACAUUAUAAUUAACCCAACAAAUGACGAGAUCCCACUGUUUGAAGCUCGGAACAUCACUGUACAAGAAGGAGACAUGAAGCCGUUGGACUUAUCAGUUCUACACGCAACAGAUCUGGAUGUCCCCAAGAACAUUCUGCUCUUCAGUGUGGUCAGAGCCCCACAGCAUGGCAGCAUCAGCACCCUAAGCAAAGAAAAUCCAGUGAACAGGAGACGAGAGGCCAGUCCUCAACACCCUGUGGUCGACUUUACAAUGACUAAUCUUUUAAAUGGUAUGGACCUGAUGUACAUGCACGAUGACUCAGAAAAUAUGGAAGACAGUUUUACUAUCCAGUUGACUGAUGGCAGGCACCAACUUCAACGACAAGUGAUGGUUAAAGUGCUGUCCGUCAAUGACGAGGAGCCUCAUGUCAUCAGGAACAAUGGACUGGUGGUAGAGCCAGGAGAGGCCAGGCUUAUUUCCAGUGUUACACUAUUUGCACAAGACAAUGAUACUCCUGCUUCAGAGGUCAUAUACAUAUUUGAGAGUGUUCCCAUGCUGGGACUACUUCAGCUUAAGGAAGGUCAGGACUGGGUGACACUGACAGCAGGGAGAAACUGCACCCAGGAGAUGGUGGACCUGAACCUUCUACGCUACGUCCACAUAAGGAUUCAGAGUGCUGAAACACAGGACUUCUUUGUAUUCCACUUGUUAGAUGGAAAGAAUCAAUCCCCCCCAAAUCACUUCCACAUCUCUGUGAAAGCUUUAGAAAAAGGAAAUAUUGCUUUACUUGUAAAGCCAGUGAACGUCAGCCUUGGAGAUCAUGUGGUUCUCACCACAGAUGUACUGUUAGCCACAGAUGGUACAGACAAGCCGGAGGAGCUUCUGUAUAUUGUCACCAACCCUCCUGCUCACGGACAGAUAGAAUACAUCAAACAUCCUGGACUCGCCAUCUCCACCUUCAGCCAGAUGGACAUAGCAGCCAACCUUGUGGCUUAUGUGCAUGACAACAAAGCCACCACACCCACAGAAACCUUUCAGUUUGUUGUAAGUAAUGGUAAAACCAGCCGAAACGGAAGCUUUGAGAUUGCGGUGGAAAUGGUGGAUCGCAUCCUGCCGUCUCUGUUCUACAAAAAAGGAUUCUCAGUUCCACAAGGCUCCUCCAUGUUCUUGAGUCCUGAGUGCCUGGUCAUGUCUGAUCCCGACACUCCACCCAGCUCCCUGACUUUUGUCCUCGUCCAGCCUCCACAGUAUGGCAGGCUGCUUUUACGUGGCAUCACACUAACUGCUGGUUCAAACUUCACCCAGAGAGACAUACAGGAGCUGGAGGUAGCAUAUAAACACGACGGGGGGCCAUCGCAGAUCGAUCGAUUUGCCUUUACUGCCUCUGACAGCACCAAACGGGGUUUCUUGCUAGAUGGGCAGUUACAUAUGGAACCUGUGUUCUUUACUAUUCAGAUCAAGCCUUUGGAUAAGUUGUGUCCUAAGGUUGUGAAGCUGCUUCCUCUAACAAAAGCAGAGCUUUUAGGUGAUGGACGGUACGGGAUCUUUGUGUCGUCUCACAAACUGAAGGCCCAAGACAGCGAUAGCAGGGAAGAAGAGCUGAUAUUCUGCAUUGUUCGCCAGCCCUACUUUGGUUACCUUGAAAACAUCACUACAGGUGGUUUUAUACCACAGCGAUUUUCUCAGAUGGAGCUGAACAAGAGAACUAUUGCCUACAUUAUCAACCCAGAAAGAGAGUCUCUCUCCGACAGCCUGGAGUUCACAGUGACCGAUCCUUUAGGAAACUCUAGUCCCUCUCACAUACUUGAAUUUAGCUGGUCUACUGUGGAGCUGUCAAAGUCUGAGUACUCUGUGCAUGAGGAGCAGGGGACUGUCUCAUUGGACAUAAUUCGAAAAGGAAACGUGGCAGAGUCUUCAUAUGUCACUGUCAAGGUAAAGGAGCUAACUGCAACAGCUGGAAAAGAUUUCCUCAUAAGCCCUUCUUCCCUCAUUCAGUUUGAUCCAGGAGUGUCAAAGACAAGCUGGCAAACUGAGAUCAUUCAGGACAACCUUGAGGAGCCUGACGAGAUGUUUGAAGUGCUGCUAGUCUCCCCUGAAGGCACAGUGAUCGGCAGUUUUAACAAGACUCGAGUCACAAUCAGGGACUCAGGAAGAGGACAGCACAGACUGAACCAGAAUCACGAGGAGGCCAUUCUUGGAGGAAAGGAGGUUCCAUCAGACACGUACCCCCAGCAUGGAUCCAUUCAAUUACAGAAACUGUCCUUCAGCACAGAUCCAGCAAUCUGGGCCCGGGGCGACAGCAUCCCCAGGCCUAAAAUCGAUCCCCCCAAAAAAAACCUCAAAGUCAUGGACAACUCAAAGUCUGUUGCACCUUCAUCAGUUAUCUACAAUGGGACUGACAUUGUUUACACGUAUCAUGGCAUCAUGAAAAUGCAAGUCGAGGAUGCCACCUCCCCAUCAAGGAGCGGCAGAAAGGCAAACAUCCGUGUGGUUAGCAGGGGAGCACAGCAGCAGGUGUCUGCUGUCCCAAAGUCAAACACAGAUCCUCAAAGAAAUAUCUUAACUCCAAAAGCAGCCCGCUCUAAAGGACAUGCUACAGCUGAUAACUCCACACCCAAGCCUUGUGUGCCAGAACUCAUGGGACUUCUGCAUUUCAACCAUACCACCAAUCAGCUCUUUCACUGCAAUGGAGUCUCCUGGAAAACCUGGGCACCAUCUGAUCAGAUGGUGAGUGCUCAGAUGUGUCCUCAGGGCUGGACCUUCCAUGGUGGCGUCUGUUACACCCUCAGCACUGAGCACAAGGUCACAUGGAGCACAGCUAACAGGGCCUGCAGGGAGAGAUAUAAAGGCACUCUAGCGAGCGUUCUCUCUAAAGUCGACAUGGACUGGCUUUGGGACUUCAGCGGAAGAAAACCAUUUUGGAUAGGCCUGAAUGACAGGGACGGCCGUGGACGGUGGGAGUGGACGGGUGGUGAGCCGGUCAGCUACACUAACUGGAGAAAGACAACUCCUCUGUCCAAAAAGAAAGGAAACAAAAAGUGCGUCCUGGUGUGGAGAAGGGCAAAGUGGCAAAUCAGAGACUGCAAGACGAGUCGAGGUCAUCGAUUUGUGUGUUCAAAAAGAAUUUGAAUUCAACAGCAUCACAGCCAUGAGCCAUGUUUCUGAAGGGGGAAGAAAUGAUCCUCGGGACGUUUAAACUGCAACACAAGACAACUUUCUGAUAAGGAUCAGAGAGAACUUUGCUUGAACUGCUCAUAUAAUUUAUAAUUACUGACAAAUGCUAACCUAAGUGAGAUUGUUUACACUGCAUUUAUUACAAUUCACCACCUAAAAUGUUGUUUUAUAUGUGAAGCCACAAUGUAUUUAGUCUGUUUUCCUUAUUUUAGACAGAACCAAAGGCUGGAUAAUCAUCAGAAGGCCCUAAAGCCUCAGUUUUUCUUCAGUCUGUGUUUUAACAUACACUACUGGUCAAAAGUUUUAGAACACCCCAAUUUUUCCAUUUUUUAUUGAAAUUCAAGCAGUUCAAGUCAAAUGAACAGCUUGAAAGGGUACAAAGGUAAGUGGUGAACUGCCAGAGGUAAAUAAAAAAAGGUAAGCUUAACCAAAACUGAAAAAUAAUGUACAUUUCAGAAUUAUACAAGUA